AUGCCAAUUGGGUUUACCAUUAAUCUUAUAGUCAUGAGAAGAACAUGGUCUUCGUUGGGAAGCCUCUUGAAAAUCCUCUCAAAUGAAAAAACUUCUCAGCCUGCUCAGAAACGCGUCAGAACAACCAAGUCCAUCAAGAUUGGUUGUCCUGCUAGUAUCUAUAAGCAUAUCAUAACUGAUGGUACUGUUUGUAUCAAAUACAACUGGCAGUACCCAAACCAUAAUCCGUUUAAGAUUGAAGAGAUCAGUUUGUCAAGAUUGCCAGAUGAAUUAAAACAAUGGGUAGAAGGGCUUGUCAGCCAAAACAUGGAUUGGAAAUCCAUCAAAAACAUGCUUAGAAUGAGUGAAGACAGACUUCUUGAACUUGAACAAGCUGGUGAUAGAUCUUCUUUCCCUUCUUCUCUUCUCAUUGAUUAUCAAUAUGUAAGAAAUGUUAUCAAUGCUCGAAUGAUGAAACUCUCAAGAAAACAUGUGGAUCAUUAUAAAAGUGUCAAACUGUGGGUUCAAGAGUUGAACGAAAGUGAAAAUACUACUCUUUUCACAGUUCAUAAGAACGGCCUCUUCCUUGUUUUGUGGGUUUCUGAGUGGCAGAAAGAAUUUCUGGAGAAUUUGGAAGAGUGGUGCAUUGACUCAACACACAAAACAAGCAAAGCAUGGGAAGUUAAUGUAAAGAAGCAUAUUAAAGUGCAAAACUCAACACAUGCUUUGAACAUAGCUUGUAAUAGUGUUUAUGCUGUAUUGAGUAAUAUGAUGCAUGCAACAACUUCUGUUGCCUAUAAUACACUGUAUAAUGAAUUUCUUGUGAAAUUUGGGGAAUAUGAGAACUUUAUUUUGUUCUUUAACAGAAUGUGGGUGCGGAAAAAAGAAUUAUGGUGCAAAACAUGGAGAUUGGCUGCAACUUUUCACACCAAUAAUUUGAUAGAGUCUUAUUACAAUCAGCUGAAGACUUUCUAUCUUGGACGUGCAAGAUUUCUUCAAGCAGAUAAACUUAUUUAUCUUCUGGCCAAAGUGUUGACUCUUGACUACAGACAAGAGAAUGUCAAGACAUUAUAUGAAUUCUAA